UGGAUCAGAGUAAAUUGGAGAUAUUUAAUAUCCGAGUUACCAAUAUUCUGGGCGUUGAAUACACUCAAGUCUGGUGAUGGUGUGGCGCUGUUCAGGUCGUGGCACUACCCAGCCUUGCAUUCUUAUCGAUAUCAACGCCAUCAGCUCUUUUGCCAUCAACCCGUCUCUCGGCCCUCAAGCUUAAGAUGAAUAGGCUCUUUGGAACAAAAAACACCGCACCAAAACCCACAUUGAACGAUGCCAUUGGUGGCAUCGACGAGAGAGUCUCUUCCUUGGACGUCAGGCUUUCGAAACUCAACUCUGAGUUGCUCACAUACCAGCAGAAGCUCGCCAAGAUGCGCGACGGCCCCGGGAAACUGGCGCUCAAGGCUCGGGCGAUGAAGUUGCUCAAGCAGCGCAAACAGAUCGAGACCCAGAAAGACCAGUUGGAGUCGCAGGCGUGGAACAUGAGUCAGGCGUCCAUGACCACCGACAACUUGAAGAAUACCAUGAUCACCAUUGAUGCUAUGAAGACAACCAAUAAGGAAUUGAAAAAGACCUACGGAAAGAUUGAUAUCGACAAGAUUGAGUCGUUGCAGGACGAGAUGUUGGACUUGAUCGAGAAGUCGAACGAGAUCCAGAGUUCGUUGUCUAUGAGCUAUGAUGUACCGGACGACAUUUCCGAGAGUGAAUUGGAUGCCGAGUUGGAUGCGUUGGGGGAGGAGAUGGACUUUGAGGCGGAGAUGAACUUUGGUGGCUCCGUGCCCAGCUAUCUCCAGGAUGAGUCGCUACCUAGCUUUGUGGAGGAGGCAGCUCCUGAGGAGGCCAAGAUUGUGGAGUAGGAUAAAUGGUGCCAGUAUACGGUGUAAGCCGUAAGGAAAUAAUCAUUACGAAAGAGUAAGGAUAUUACUGGAGUUUAGGUGGAAUGAAAUUAACAAGUAUAGUUUAUGGCAUUCCAUGUAUAUGUCAAGUCAUUAUAUUUGGUCAAAUCUUGUGGUCCAAUCCAAAUUAUGUUGGUAAUAGCUGACCCCAUGAAUUGUUUAAUCUUGGUUUUAGAUUAAACCGGUAAACAGUCUGGAACGACCCGUGCUAUGUAGAAAAUAUGACAUUGAUAUAAGGCUUCUGCCAGUGACGAUGAUAUGAAACAUUCACAUGCUAUGACU